UAGAAUACAGGAACUGGCUAGAGAAAGGAGGAGAAGCGAAAUCAUGGAGAGAAUUGAAAGUGAAAAUAAGGAACGCGAUACAAACCAAAAGAGGAGUGAGAAAGAAGAAUGAAAAGAAAAGAUGGUGGGAUGAAGAAUGCAGAAAAAAGAGGGCAGAAAUGAAGAGGGCAAAAAAAGGGAUUAGAAGAGAUGGGGUCAACAGGUACACACAGGUAAAGAGAGAAUUAAAGAACAUGAUCAGGAACAAAAAAGAAGAGGGACUAACGAAGGAGAUAAAAGAAGUGAAAGAGGACAGAUCGGGCAAAAAAUUCUGGAAUAUGGUUAAAAGGAGGAGAAGAGGGAAAAGAGAGCAGGUUGAUAAGGAGAUAGAAGAUGCGAAGUGGUUAGAACACUUUAAAGGGCAACUAGGGGAGAGAGAAACACAGAGAGAGGGGAUCAGGGAAAUAGAAGAGCCAGCAAGAAGGGGGAUAGAAGAGGAGGAAAGAGAGAUAGAAGUAGAGGAAGUGAGGGAAAUAAUCAGAAAGUUGAAGGAGAAAAAGGCACCAGGAGAUGAUGGAAUACAGAACGAAGCAUGGAAGUAUGGAGAAGAGAACCUAGUAGAGGAGCUGACGGAGAUACUGGGAAAGAUAUGGAAAGGCGUGGGACUACCAGAAGAAUGGAGAAAAGGGACAGUAAAACCAAUAUUUAAAAAAGGAGAUAAGGGAGAAUGUAAAAACUACAUGUGAUGCAAUAUAUGUGGUGAGUAAAGCAGUGGAGCAAGAGUUGAGGAAGAAAGGUGGGAAGGUUUACGCAUGCUUCGCAGACAUGAAAGCAGCUUAGCAGAGACUGGGAGUGAGCAUGAGGAUUAGAAACCUAGGCUACACUAUGAAAGAGAACGGGAAGAAAGAUCAAUAAAUCAAGAAAGUGAAAGGAAAGGAAAUCGCAGUGCUAGGCACAAUAUGGGGAAUAGGGGAGGCAAUCUUUAAAGAGAGCUGGAAGCUGAGGAUGAAACUCUUCGACGCACUAGUUCAGAGCGUAAUGGAGUACGGAGCGGAGAUUUGGGGUUGGAAAGGGCAGGAAGAACUGGAGAAAAUACAGAGAAGAUACAUGAAAUGGGUUCUGAAACUGGAGAGAACAACUCCAGCACACAUUAUACACUGGGAGACGAAAGGCUUCAAACUGGAAACAAGAGCAGGAAAAAGGGAAGUUAGAUACGAAGGACAAUUAAGGAAGGCUAAAGAAAACUUCUUGCUAAGAGAAUGCUGGUGCUUACUGAAAAAAGAAAGAGAAAAAGAGAUACGGAGAGGAAGACGGAAGGAUGUAAGAAGGAGCGAAUUAGAAAAAUGCGGCAUAUCCGUGAGACAGGAGAAAGGAGGAGAGGGGCACUGGAAAAGAUAGCAAGAUUUAGACUAGGAAGCGAAACGAGAGGCAACCACUACUGGAUGAAAGAAGAAGACAGAAAAUGCAGGAUGUGCGGGAGAGAAGAAGAGACACGGAGUCACGUAAUGGAAAAAUGUGAGGAGACGAAGAUAUCAGGGAAUAAAUGGGAAGAAAUAUGCGGAGGCAAAAGAAGUCAAAUAGGGAUCCUUAACAGUAUUAUAUGGAAACGGAAAAACAAAGAAAAAGUAACAGAAUAAAGUAGAAAGAAGAAUAAAGAAAGGGAAGGAAGACAAAGUAUGCCGGGAGCAGUUUCAAAGAGCGCGCGGAAACCGCCUAGGGAACUCCGAGGAAUAGUCCCUAGGAGUGCAGGGAGAAAGAAACUAGGAGCGUCGGCAAGGAAGAAAGGAGUAGAAAGAGGGAACGGACGAAAAAGAAAAAGGAACGAAUGGAACAGAGGCGAAAGCACGUGCGGAUAAAGGCAGAAAGAGGUUAGAAAGAAGAGAUCAGCAAAUAGAUAAGAGAUAAAAAAGUGAAUAAGCUAAAGCUAAAGAUAGCGGAGAUGACUCACUUCGAGAGAAGAGUGGAGAGGAAGAUAAGAGAAAUAAAAGAGGAGGUAAAGGAGUGGAAGGUGAAGAUGCAACUGGAGAGGGGAAAAAGAGAAGCGGCGGAGAGGAAAAUGAUGGACCUAGAAGGGGAUGUGGAGAUCCUGAAGGGAAAAGUGAGAGAAGAGAGAAGAGAAAGGGAGAAGAUGCAAAGGGCAGUUGAAGAGAUGAGGGCUAAGAUAAAGAAGGUGGAGGAAAAGGAGAGACGCGAGAAAGAGAGAAAGGGAUCAGAAGAGGGAAGCAAAUUGAAAGUGAGAAGUGAGGUUAAGUUGGUAUCAGCAAGCAAAAGAAAAAGGAUGGAAGAGGGAAGAAGCAAGGUAUGGGAGAGAGGAGUAAUAAUUCACAAGGGAGUAAACUGGGACGAGAACAAGGUACAAGAACGGCUGGAUGAAUUUUAGAAGGGACAAACUGGGAACUGGAGGACACAUACAACAAAGACACCAAGAGUAUUAUUUUCGAGUCAAGAGAAGAGAUGGAGGAAGUCUGGAAAAGGGGAGAAGAUAUUAACGGAGAGGACAAAGUGAAAAUAGAGCAGUGGAUGAACCGUGAUGAGAGAAGGGCAAAAA